AGCACUCCGCACCUGUCUGUUUGGGCUUGACAGCUGUGAUCUCACUGCUGUAGUUAGUUAUCAUGACUUCUCCCAAGGAGCCAAAUGCGCCGGUGAAAGUGACUCAAAAGCAAGAAGAGCAGGAGCUGGUGGGCAGUGCCCCUCCACAGAGGAACUGGAAGGGAAUAGUCAUCGCCCUGCUGGUCAUCUGCAUCAUCUUGUCUCUGAUCGUCACCGCUGUCAUCGUGCUCACCCCAAUUGCAGAUGAUAGCCUUGCCCUCAAGAAGAAAGUCACCAUCGAGGACGUCUUCGGAGGAGAUUUUCAUGUGCACGACCCCGACGCUACAUGGCUCAGCGACAAUGUACUGCUGUAUCGAACACAAGAAGGGGAUGUGGUCAAACUCAACGUCGAAACACAGGAGAGGGUCGUUUUGGUGGAGAACAGGAAGUUUGAAAUGUAUAAAGCCACCAAGUACCAAAUAUCUCCAGACCUGGAACAUGUAUUGUUGGCCUACAACGUGGCCCCAAUCUACCAGCACUCCUACAUGGCAUUCUACAUCAUCUGUAGUCUCAUCACCCCGGAAACGUGGAGUCUGAAUCCUCCUGAGGUACGGAACUCCCUCCUGCAGUAUGCUGGAUGGGGACCCAAGGGCCAACAGUUGAUCUUUAUCUUUGAGAACAACAUCUACUACAGAGCGACAGUGGAGAGCAGAACCAUUCGCCUGGUGUCCACAGGGAAGGAGCGAGUCAUCUUCAAUGGCCUGAGUGACUGGCUGUAUGAAGAGGAGAUACUGCAGACCCACAUAGCCCAUUGGUGGUCUCCAGACGGUCUCAGACUGGCCUAUGCCACCAUCAACGACACCCUGGUGCGCAAGAUGGAGGUCCCCAUCUUCACUGGCGCCCUGUAUCCAACAGGGCUGGAGUGUCACUACCCUAAGGCUGGGGAGGACAACCCUGUAGUACACCUGUCUGUGGUGAGUCUGAACGGACCCCUUCACACGGUGGAGAUGAAGAAGCCAGAUGACCCCAGGAUAGGAAGAGAAUAUUACAUCACAAUGGUAAAGUGGGCCACCAGCACCAAGCUGGCAGUCAACUGGCUGAACAGAGCUCAGAACAACUCCAUACUGACACUCUGUGAGGCCACCACAGGAGUGUGCACUAAGAAACACGAGGAUGAAAGUGAGGGCUGGCUACACAGACAGAACGAGGAGCCACUCUUCUCCCAUGACGGAUACAAGUUCUUCUUCACCAGAGCUAUUCCUCAGGGUGGAAGGGGAAAGUUCUUCCAUAUCUCCAUGUCCACCUCCCAGCCCAACACCAGCACAGACACUCUGCAGUCCCUGACAUCAGGCGACUGGGACGUGACUCAGAUACUGGCCUACAGCCAAGAAAGGCAGCUCAUAUACUUUUUGAGCACAGAGGAUGAUCCAAAACGACGACACCUCUACAGUGCGGACAUCAAUGGCCCAUUUAAUCGCUGCUGUCUGUCGUGUGAGUUCAAGUGUGGCUAUGUGGAUGGCUCCUUCAGCCACAACAUGCAGUACUUCCUGCUCAACUGUAAAGGCCCUGAUGUACCCAGUGUUGCCAUCUACAGUACCAAAGACAUACAGAAGGUCCUGGACCUGGAGACUAACGAGGGAGUGAAUAACACGUACCACAGCAUGCAGAUGCCCAAAGUGGAGUAUGAGACCAUCACCAUAGACGAUUACACUCUGACAAUGCAGAUCCUGAAGCCAGCUGGUUUCAUAGACACAGCUCACUACCCCCUACUGCUACUAGUAGACGGAACACCUGGCGGACAGAUGGUGACAGAGCAGUUCCGUGUGGACUGGGCCACGGUGCUGGUGAGCAGUUACAGCACCAUUGUGAUCCGCUUCGAUGGCCACGGGUCCGGGUUCCAGGGCACCAAGCUCCUCCACCACAUUAGGAGGAAACUGGGUGUGAUCGAGGAGAGGGACCAGAUGGAGGCCCUCAGACUGAUAUCCAAAGAAAUGUACAUCGACAAAAGUCGAAUGGGAGUAUAUGGAAAGGUUUACGGAGGGUAUUUGGCCACAAUGCUUUUAAGUUCUGAUGACUCCCUGCUUAAAUGUGGAGCCGCCGUCUCGCCCAUCACAGAUUUUGAGUUAUACGCUUCAGCAUUUUCAGAGAGGUACCUUGGAUCACCAAAGACAGACUCUCGAAUAUACUCGAUGGCCAGUUUAGCACAUCGGGCAGGUCGUCUCAUGGACAGGAAGUACAUGAUUAUCCAUCCAACCGCUGAUGAGAAAGUUCAUUUCCAGCACUCUGCAAAAUUCAUCAACCAUUUAAUCAACGAGAAGGCAAAUUACUCUUUACAGAUAUACCCAGACGAGGGACACUUCCUGCAUAGCGAUGGCACUCGGCAACACCUGAGCCAAUCACUGGUCAACUUCUUUGAGGAGUGUUUCCGACUGCCGGACUUACCGAGCGACGAAGAGAAGGACAAGGAGGAUGAGGGCGAUGGUUAAACCAGCUGACACAUGGUUAACGCUCUAGCCAGUUACUACAGCACAAUAUGCAACAAAUCUUUCUCAACUCAUUACCCCCACCCAUAGCCUGGUUCCAGAUCUGUUUGUGCCGUCUUGCCAACUCAGCUGGUCAGCUAAUGAUCAUUUAGAGCUUGCAUUGGUGAAACAGAUCUAGGAUCAGGCUAACCUACUCCAUCCUCUGUAUAAUUUGGGCUUCUCUUUAGGGCACAGUACCUGCAUGUACCAAUAACCUCACACCUCACCCUUUUCCUCUUCUUCAUCACUUCUGGUUGGCUGACAAAUGGACUGGCCAGCAGACAUCAAAUUGUGCUGCUGUUUUUAUCCUCUUAGAUGUAAUGGCAAAAUGUAGAUUUUCUCCUAAAUAGAAAUACUCAAAGGUAACUACUAUUCAUGUGUAAUUACAUAAUUCUGACAUGCAAAAAUGUGGUAUAUUUGAAAAGAUGACAUCUGGGAGAUGAUCAGAAGAUAGGAGUUACAUAGUUCAGAAUACAUAAGAUCAAGCACACACAAAAUCAUUUUUAUUUUAUUUUGAAAGUAAUCUUUCAUUGACAAGCUAUAAGUGAAUUAUUGAUGCCAAGAGCUGGAAACACAUAUGAUGGCUUCCACAACAUGUGAACAAUAUCAGGGAAAAAAUUGGGAUUGAUAGACCUAACAACUAGAAAUGGGAUUGAUAGACCUAACAACUAGAAAUGGGAUUGAUAGACCUAACAACUAGAAAUGGGAUUGAUAGACCUAACAACUAGAAAUGGCAGAUGUUUUAGUAAGUGGUGUCAGGUGUGGUCACAGAACGUUUCCAAGUGUCCCUAAACCUCUCCAAAGCGGCAUAUGUCUGUAAAUUAGAUAAUUCCAGUGCUAUUACAUAUUUGGAAUCCCUUAAUGCGAUUUGUUCAGUAUAAAACACACUUUCUACCAUAUCAACCUCACUCAAACAUUGUGAUGGUGUUAUUCAAGUGUCCUUUCAACCUCUCCAGUGUCCAAAUGUGGUAAUUGCACUGUUUUUGCACACUGGAUGUGCCCAAAAGUUAAUGUUCACUAUAAAAACGAAAUGUCUACAACACCAACUUCUCUCAAACAUUUGCGGGGUGUCGGGACAUACAGGGGAUAUCCAAUGUGUUUUCAUCAUAUUUUUCAUGCGCAAAUAUAGUGACUCGAUGUUGCCAUUAAGUCAUAUGUCAUCAGAUACAUUUGGCAAUAGGCUAGAUUUGUUCCUACCAACCUAGAGAUUAAUGUCAUACCCCCAUUUAGCUAUAGCUCAAACACAGACCCAAUCGAAGUUUACCUUUGCUGUUUGGUGAAAACGUUGUGUAAAAUCAACGGGGGUGGUGAUCAAUAACUGUAGGUCACAUGCAGACUAAUAAGACAUCCUCAUUAUAUGUGGUAUCCUGGUUUACGGUGUGAAUCAACGUAUUCCAUGUUGAUUUCGUUUAUGCCUCACAAGGCUAACCGGAAGGUAGGUAGCAGACAUCUUGAAACGAGGUCAUCGGCUCGGCCUGCCCUUAUGUCCAUAUAUGGCAGUAACUCACCAAAGCUUCCAAGGCACAGAUCAACCGCAAAGAUACUCCGCUUUCCGCAGACACCCUGCUUUUGCAAAUAGGGGCUACCGUUCUCAUAACAGACUGAACUGAAAAAUGAAAUAGGGUCCCCAAAUAAUGGGUACUUUACAUUUAAGAGGUCAACACCGGAAUCACGGAAACAAUCAGAAACGUUCUGGUGGUUAGUGAAUUAUGUAAUUUGACGAUGGUACCAAAAACUGGUACCACCCCUGUCCUCCCAUCUUUACUGCAUUGGAAUUGAUUAGCCAUAACAUUCGUAGGGGAACUGUUGUGCUAAAGACGUGUGUGGAGGAGAGGAGAUGCAACCCACAGGCGGUGUUGACUCUCGGGAGAAAAAAAAAACUCUUAGCAGUGUUCUAAGUUCUUUUUCUGGACCAAAUAAAGUGAUCACUGAAAGAGACCAGUAAACCCACCUGUGGAUAUCAGAUGCUGUAGUGAACCACCCCAACGGCAUCCGUGUAGGGAUGCAGCACAACAUAUCCCAUAUUCCCUUCUCAAAUAUCAUGGCUAAUCAAUUCCAAUGCAGUAAAGAUGGAGGGAACAUACAGGAGCUACCCAUUGUUGGUACCAUCAUUAUAAAUGACAAUUCACCAACAACUUUCUGAGGAUUGUAUCCAUGAUACUAAAACAGCAGUAGCAUUUAUUUCUCUUAAUUGGGGUUCGUAAUGUUCAGUAUGGCUUUGAAUUGAUGUACAGUGGUUACAUUUGGACAUCCUUUCCAAACGAGGACACAAUGUUUGAGACUACAUGUUUGUUAAAAACUAUUUUGACCUCUUUUGGGAUUAUUACAUUCAGUAGGACAUUUAUUUUCAUUUGGAAUGGAGCUCUAGUGUUGUGUUAGACACUGUGCCUUACUACUAGGGGUUAACCAAGGUAUUCAUGUCAGGGACUAUAAACCCUUCAAUGGAAACAUAACUUUUCAUGUAAGCAAGAUUGGUCAAAGCCAGCCGCCAGUUGUCCUUCCGCCAACAACUGCAGGCACAUGUGGAGCUCUAUAGUUAUAUAUAAACAAAUAUUGGUCAACAUGACACGUAAUGACUUCAGUUGAAUCGUUACAAUCUGACCAGUCUGUAUGUAGGAACAUGUGAUUUUAUAACACCCAUUAUAUAUGUACUAUAACACAGUAAUGUUGUGCUUGUAUAAAAUAGACACCUGAACAUGUUCUGGCUGUUGUAACUACAUCAAAGGUUCUUGAGGCACAUUCAGUGUAUCUUUUCUAAUUUGGCAAGUUACAAUGUUUGGUUAUUUGUUAAACAGCUUGAAUGUCCGUCGAGAUGUCAUUUCUGUUAGUAUUGUCAGUGAAAGUUUCUAGUCAGCUGAUGUACAAAAUGUAUAAAUCUUACAUUGUUGAAAAGUCCUGAACUAUGUGUGUGCGACUUGUACAUAAAGCAUUUUCAAAUUUA